AUGGACAGCGAUGAUCUUUCCGAUCUAUCGUCGCUCUCCUCCCUUUCCCCACCGCCUCCCAGCGAUUCGGAAUCGGAGCAGGAGACGAAGAAGACGGGAAUCCUCAAGUUCUUCACCAAAUCCAAGGGUAAAGCUGCCCGCGAGAAAGAACCAUCUCCUCCACCCCGAAAACGAGAGCCUUCUCCCGCCCACGAAUUCGUCUUUGCCGAUAAUCCUGAUAUUGCUUUCAUUGUGAUGUUUAGGAAUAGAUUCGAUGAGGCCUUUCCACGAUCGCUCGCGUCCUUUGGGCCCCAAGAGCUCGAGUACGACAUUACGGAACCCGUUCCGGGGAGUCGCGCCGAAGCGUUCCUGUGCGCAGUCCUUGGACUUUUGCUCAAUCGCAAGCAGGAUGUCAAGUAUGUCGCCGCUCUACGUUUUCGCGCGAGCCUCGAGCUAUCUUGA